AUGAGUUACAAUCUUACGUCAGAAGCUCUACACUUCUACGUCAAGCAUUUACGCGCUCGCUUCUUUCAUAGAUGGGUGCGGUACGUUAAGGAAAAGAACCAAUCCGCUGUACAUCUAAAGCUGCAAACAGACAAGGCCCUCUUGUUCUUCGUCCGUUGGCGCCUAACAAGCUGCAUUCACCAAUGGGUCACGUUUGUUUACGAAACGGUUCCUCAGAUGACUCUGUUUGCAGAGGAGUUUUACACUGUUAUGCUAACUCGGAUCGCGUUCGGCUCUUGGAAACGUCGGUAUGUUUGCGUUGUAUCGAUGGAGAUACGAGCGGACGAGCACUACCGACGAAACCAGAUUCCUAUGUUGGGGAACCUUCUUUCCCUCUGGAGAACGGCUGCAAAUGCCCAACAGACAAUCAAAAUCUACGCCUAUGCGGAUGAUUAUUGGACAGCCCGAGAAUUGCGUCUUGCAUUUACUGCAUGGCAUAUGAAAUCUCAGGCUAUUUUAGCCCUGCAGCCACGGCUCCACCACUUGACAGCUAAGACUUUUAGAACACUGAUGAAGGACGCAUUCUGGAGCUUAAGGGAGGCUCACCAGAAAGCUACUCAGCGACGUAAAGAUGUUCAAGAGGCCCUAGAGUAUUACUCCACCCAGAAGGCAACGCUGCUUAUGCGUUAUAUCAUUGAACAAGGCAUAGGCUUUGUGCGUGCUGAAGAUACCAGACGUGCAUCUGCAGUAGCCAAAAAAGCAGAAGAGGCAUACUUACAAGGUGUCCUCAAGGAUCGUAGAACCCUUUUAAACUCAGCUUUUGCACCUGCUACGCCUGCUAUUGACUCGAAGGAGCCGGAUCGCCACACCUUGGAACCUAUAGAUUUAGUCCUCCCCAAUCCAAUUCGCGCCAAUCCAAUUUGCGCAGCUAUUCAUGAUAGAAGGAAUGACCCUAACUCUCAUACUCUAAGCACAAAUACUGGUCCUGAACGUAAGAAAGGGACUGGCGUACAAUCUCUACAAGAGUCCAAGCCCAGGUCCAGUUCUAGAUUUGGGACCGGACCUGUGCCUCCGCGUGCCCAGCCUCGCACUCUGCAAAAGGCCCAACCCCAUGGAACCAAGACCUUUAGCCAGCCAUUUGGUAAGCUUGAUAUCCCAAAAGAUAUAUCUGUCUAUUCAUGUACGGAAGAGCCUUCCCAGCAGGCAUCUCUCACCGUCGAGGACGAACGACUCCUCACUCAGUACAUGGACUCUUAUGACGCUGUAUUGAAGGAGCUAGGGCACAUUAACAGCCAAAUGAAGCUGAUAGAAGCAGCCAUAGAUAGAAAAGCUGCUGAGCUUGCAACGACUCCAUACCCCCAGACUAUGCAACUAGAAAUUAUCUCACUCAAGAUGCAAAGGGAAGAGCUUGUCGCCCAGCUCGAGCACAAAAAUGCUCAGGCAGAGACUCUCCGCGCCAUACUUGCAGACUAUAAAUCGAGGCUCAUUUCUUAA